UUUAUUUAUUUAUUUUACUAUUAUUUCUUCUUCUUCUUUUAUGUUUGAUACAUUACAUUGCUCUGUUUUACCUUUAAAAUCAGACCUAUCAAAAAGAAGAUCAAAAUCAUUAAACGAUAUAAUCUCAAAAAUUCAGAAACAGGAUACUAUGAAAAGUAAAACUAAAUUAUCAAGAAGAAGACAUAGUGCAGGUAUAGAAAUCAAUGGGGGCUAUUAUGCAGAUUAUAAUCGCUUGGCAACUAUCUAUGGCUGGGUUACUACGACAAAGACAUCAAGACCAAUCAUAAAGACAGACAAAUCACAUCAUCAUCAUCAUCGUUGUAUGAAAGCGUCUAGAUCAUUCUCACAUAUUCCCAUUACACGUAAUAAUCAUAGUAAUCGAUUUUCAAGAAUCUUUAGUCGAAAGGCCACUGUUUCAUUAUUCCCAAACAAAACUAUUACAGGAAAACAAAAACCUUUACUGCUCUUAGACUGGAUGAAUGAUGAAGAAAAGGAUACGAGUCAGAAUGAAACAGACCCAUCAUCUAAAGUAACAAAAUAUCUUCCUCUAACAGAGGAUUGCUCACCUCCUUCGCCACCUAUCGAGAAUGAUCCCUAUAUAUUUGAUUUGCUAACAAAGGACUCUCCUCAUUUCAUUCAUUUUAGUAAAAAUGAUAUGACGAUUACAUCCGCUACUAUAGAGAAACUUGUUGAAAAAUUAACUCGUGAAUUAGAUAAUGAUUUUCUUAUGGACUUCUUCAUCACAUUUAGACAGUUUUUAACACCUAUUAAAUUAUGUAAACUAUUAAUAUUGAGAUUUAGAUGGGCUUUAAUGGAUGAAAAUGAUGAGCAUCGAUUAAUUCGUAUAAGAACUUUUGUAGUUAUUCGCCAUUGGUUAACUCAUUAUUGGAGCUAUGAUUUUGUAACAUCGAAAACAUUGAGGUUUAUUCUAUGUACCUUUUUAACUCAACUUCAAACACAUCCUGUUAUCCAUGCAUCUCCACGUGAUGAACGUAUUAUAAAAAGUCUUCGAAAUAUAGUGAAAAGACAAAGAAAAGCUUAUAUAUCGUAUUCAACAAUCAGGAACAAUGAUGAGUUACAACAACAAAUUAGAAAAGAUAGUGCCAUAGGUAUUAUACCAUGCAGUCAUCAUAUCGUAAAUGAGAAUCAUAAGUCCCAAAAUUGGACAUCCAAAAUGAAGAAAACGAUUCAAAAAACUGUAUCUCAAUCUAUCAUAAAUCCUGAGCAUCAACAACAACGCGCUACUCCUACUAACAAUGAUAAUCAUUUAUUUUCAAGUCAGCAACAAAAUAAUCAUCAUCGAUCUCUACUAUUCUCCUUCAUACCUAUGUCAUAUAAUAAAUCUUUGAUUCUAAAAUACAAGUCAAUCACUAUAGCCCAACAAUUUUGUCUUUUAGAAAAGUCCAUGUUACAAAAUGUUACUUGGGAUGAACUCGUUGAAUUAAGAUGGAAGAAAAGAUCAACGAAAAAACAAUGGAUGACAUUAGAAGAACAAAAUAGAGGUGUAGAACAGUUAAUAGCAUUCUUUAAUAUGACGAGUCAAUGGGUUGCAUCUGAAAUAGUUCGUUCACAUCAAUUAGAUAUACGCGUUAAGGUCAUUGAGAAAUAUAUCAAAAUUGCUAUUCAUUGCUACCAUUAUCGAAAUUAUAGUACUCUCUUACAGAUUCUAUUGGGCUUACAGUCGCCAUCUGUGACUCGACUAGAAAGAACUUGGCAAAAGGUAGAUCAUUAUAAACUAGAUUUAUUCAACAAACUAAAAGAAUUAUCAAAACCAUUUAAAAACUGGAAAAAUGUGAGAAAUGACAUGACGAAGGUGACAAAAGAAAUUGCAGAAUCAUUUGCAGUAGAGACUGUUUUGACACAAAGUUUAAAAGACUUGGAUCUUGUCAAUGGUAGCAUACCCUUUUUAGGGCUUUAUUUAUCUGAUCUUGUAUUUAUUUCUGAGUUACCAACAUUUAUCACGUCAAAUUAUGAUAUGCGCCAUGAUAAUGAAAAUACAAAAGAUAAACAAUUAUACGAAAGAUUAAGCAGUCGACUUGUUAAUUAUAAUAAGUUUCGAAUAACAGCUUCCGUAAUUAAACAUGUUUUGACUUUUCAAGUGUUAUCAAGGGCUUAUAAGUUUAAAAUUCAGCAAAAUAUCUAUUCGCAACUACAGUCAAUGCCUUUAUUAGACAAUUCGCAAUUAAGGAGUGCCAGUUUAUUAUGUGAAGAGUAACUCUACAUGUACACAUGUGUGUGUGUGUGUGUGUAAGUUUUAUUAUUAUUAUUCGUAGUCAUCUCUUUUAUUUUUUGCUGAUUCAAUCAAUUCUUUACUACCCGCAUUCUUUAGAUUUUUUGUAAAACAAUCUCGAAAUGCCUGCAUUUCAUCUUUACAUUUUCUCCAGUCUUUAUUAUCAUAAAAGCAUAAUUGUAAAUUUUCAUUUUCCUGGAAGCAUCCUGUUUUCUCUAUUCUUGCAUUAUAAGGAUCAUCUUCUUCAUCUUCUAUUCUGAGUUCUUCUUGUUUCAAUUCUGUUGCCGAUGACAUUUGUGCG